AGAUAGAAGUAGAACCAACAAACGAGAAACAACAAGCCCCUUUCGCUUUAGUCCAAACCAUGGCUGGUUGCAUUUUACCAUACCAUGCCACCUUCAAACCCCUCAAAGCCACUACAACCUCAUUUGCCUCCAGAAAAGGCAGCCUCUUCUCCUUAGCUCUUGUUCUUUGCCUCUGCACCCUCUCUUUCCUCUUUGGCCUUUGGCAACAUAGCGGCAGCGCCCCCACCUUCAUCACCACCAACAAAUCACUCUCAUGCAUCCCAAACCCAAACCCAAACACCACCAUCACCACCCGGACAACGUCAGAAACCUUAGAUUUCUCAACCCACCACGUGGCGGACGCUGAUGAGGAGUCGCUUCUGCCAGAUGUCAAAACCUACCCUUCAUGCAGCGUUAAGUACAGUGAAUACACCCCAUGCGAGGACCACAUAAGAUCGUUGAAAUUUAAGAGGGACAGGUUGAUAUACAGGGAGAGGCAUUGCCCGGAGAAAGGAGAGCUACUGAAAUGUCGUGUGCCUGCACCCUAUGAUUACAAGAACCCUUUCCCGUGGCCAAAGAGCCGGGAUCUGGCUUGGUUCGCCAACGUGCCGCACAAGGAAUUGACAGUGGAGAAAGCGGGGCAAAAUUGGAUUAGAUAUGAAGGUAAGCGGUUCAGGUUCCCCGGAGGAGGAACAAUGUUUCCCCACGGUGCGGAUGCGUAUAUAGAUGAUAUCGGGAAGCUGAUAAAUCUCAAAGAUGGGUCUAUUCGAACCGCCAUUGAUACUGGCUGUGGUGUAGCGAGCUGGGGAGCGUAUCUUCUGUCUCGGAACAUCCUAACGAUGUCGUUCGCGCCAAGGGACACCCAUGAAGCGCAAGUGCAAUUUGCGUUGGAGCGAGGAGUUCCUGCCAUAUUAGGAGUUCUUGCUUCCAAGAGGCUUCCUUACCCAUCCAGAGCCUUUGACAUGGCUCAUUGCUCGCGCUGCCUCAUUCCAUGGGACCAGUAUGACGGGGUUUAUUUGAUUGAAGUUGAUCGAGUUUUAAGGCCCGGCGGGUACUGGAUUCUCUCUGGCCCUCCAAUUCGUUGGAAGAAAUAUUGGCAAGGCUGGCAAAGAACCAGAGAGGAUUUAAAUGAUGAACAGACUCGCAUCGAGAGAGUUGCUAGGAGAUUAUGCUGGAAAAAGUUGGUGGAGAAAGAUGACAUUGCUAUUUGGCAAAAGCCCAUCAAUCAUCUUAAUUGUAAAGUUAAUCGCAAGUUUAACCGAAACCCACCUUUUUGCCUGGCUCAGGAUCCUGACAAAGCCUGGUAUACAAAUUUGGAAACUUGUUUGACCCGUUUGCCAGAAGUUUCCCAUGAUCAAGAAAUUGCGGGUGGUGAAUUGGCAAAAUGGCCUCAAAGACUAAAUGCGAUCCCACCAAGGAUUAGGAAUGGAACUGUAAAUGGGAUUACAGCUGAAAUUUUCAUGCAAGAUUCAGACGUAUGGAAGAGGAGGUUGUCUUAUUAUAAAACAUUGAACCAUCAAUUAGGACAAAAUGGAAGGUAUCGAAACAUUUUAGAUAUGAACGCAUACUUGGGCGGAUUUGCCACUGCUCUCAUUGACGAUCCUGUAUGGGUCAUGAAUGUUAUUCCUGCUGAGGCUAAAGUCAAUACACUUGGAGUUAUUUAUGAAAGGGGACUGAUCGGAACAUAUCAGAAUUGGUGUGAAGCCAUGUCUACUUAUCCAAGAACAUACGACUUCAUUCAUGCUGAUUCUGUGUUUAGCCUCUAUAAGGACAGAUGUGAGAUGGAGGACAUUCUGCUAGAGAUGGAUCGAAUACUGAGACCUGAAGGAAGUGUAGUCUUCCGAGAUGAUGUGGAUAUAUUGGUGAAGAUAAAAAAGAUAACCGAUGGAUUGAAUUGGGAUAGUCAAAUUGUUGAUCAUGAAGAUGGGCCUCUCAACAGGGAGAAGCUUCUGUUUGGAGUGAAGGUGUAUUGGACAGCGCCUGCCACUGUUGAAACUGCAUCAACAACUUCUUAAAGCUAUUUUUAACUGCUUUUUCUUUUUGUUGAUUUACUGAUUAUUCUUUCAUGUCUCUAAGGCAACCAAUUCAGCUAAAUUCUUGAGCAACAUGGACAAAAUGUA